AGUCUCUCGCAUUCCCUCUCCCGUGUCGCGUCGCGUGGCGCGUGAACUCUUGCGGGUGACGGCUUUCUUCUUUCCCGGUGGAACUUCUUCUUUCCCCGUCGAGGAGCAGUGAUCAUUUUCACAGAAACUAAUCCUAUUUAAAGCGCUAAUUAAUAUAAUUCCUAAUCAUGGCGGACCUGGAGGGAGUCCAGGAUAUCAAUCGAAUUACGGAUGAAGACUUACUGCGAAGACUUUGUCAGAAGACAAAAGACUUCAGCGAAAAGAAAAAGAUUCGGGCGCGGAUGUCGAAGCUACGAGAGCAACGACUCUCGGAAUUCUACUCGUCUGAGGCGAUCGAAAGCGCCGGAGCCACAGAGAGAUCGGAAUUUCAUAUCGAGACCGGAGAGCGUGCUGCAUCCAGCCCUGAGCCCAACAUCGAGGUCCUGAUGGACGUCGGGUCCGACGGAGCCCGCACGGAGUCCAUCACGGCACACAACGUCCGCAUCGGUGGCAUCACCAUGCGGGCUCCCGGCGGAGGUCACAUCACCUCGAUGACGACUGCAGGUGGCGAGGUGACCGUUUCCAGCAACCGGUCCUUCUCUGCCGAGGACAUAAUUCAAGAGAGAAUCCGACAGCGGAGCCUGGAGCGAGGGCGACGCUUGCAAGAGGUCAUGAACAGGAUGAAUACCGGUGGGGAUGGAGACAAAGUCGGGACCCAGGAAAAGGUGGUGAUCGUAGACACGAAUCCCCUCGAAGGCGACGAGACCGUGGUGUCCAUCACCAAGUCCACGUACUACAUGCAAUCCAGUGCUCUGGCUGGAGAGUCGUUCAUGUCCAUGAAGUCUCGCGAAGUCGCCGACUCCGCUUCCCCGCAACUCGGCCAACGGAAGGUGAUCGGCAGCUACAAAGCCCAAUCGGCCUUGGAAUACCAUGCCGAUUCUCACAGCGACGACGAAGAUGAACUCGCCGUCGAAAAGAAGACAGAGAGCGUGAAGAAGACGGUGAGAGACGAGAAGACAUCCGUGCGAAAGACCGCCAUCGGGGAGAGCGCAGGGACGAGGAAGAUGUCGACCGAACGAAAGACAUCGGCGACCGGCAUCCCAUCUCGCAAACCCUCGACCGGCUCAGUCGGCCGCAAAAACAGCGACGCCGAAGCCAAAGCGAAAGAGAAAGUUAAACCCGAGACCGAGAAGAGCCCAAAGAGGAAGGCAUCGACCGACGAUGAGGGCUCGACCAGUCCGGGUCAGCGAUCCCCGAGACGCCUUUCGGCCAACGGACAGCGCAAGCGAUCCGAGACGCGAUACCUGGAGAUCGUGCCGGGUCAGACCGAGAAGGACUGGGAAGAAGUGCAGAUGGCCGACUCCGAAAAGAACAUCAGUUCCACUCUCGUAAUCCAUUCCGGGAGUGCCCAAGACACCACGACCGAAGAAGUCCCAGAAGUAGUCACCAAGACCUAUCACGCGGAAACGAGUCAGGAACAGACCGAGGAUCAGCCAGCGAUGAAGACGUCUUCCACUUCCACCUACACGAUUUCUCACGGCCCGAACGAACUGACGAAGACUUCCACUUCCUCCACCCGCAAGGUCUACGAAUACGUCCACGAGGAGAAGAUGCCCUCCACGACUACGGUGACGACGACGAGGCCUCUGACGCAAACCUGGACCCGUGAGACCCACGAAACUGUCACCGGGGCCACUGAGCCCCUCUAUCAUUCUACUGUGGAAUAUCUCCCAGCCGAAAUUCCAUCGGACAGCGUCCACCGAACCCCGUCUUUGGGCAGCCAGAUCAACGACCUGGCCAAGUCGGAAGCAACGCUAUCGCAGGACAGCGAAGUGGAAGAGAUCAUGAGCGGACGAUACGAGACUUCCCGACGGGAGAAACGAGUGCACACGAUUCGUCGCAUCGACCAGAAGACUGAAGAGAUGGCUACUGAAAAAAUCGAAGAGUAUCUCGAGGCACCCGCGUCCGGCACGCGCAAGGACACGUCAUCUGCCGUCGUCAUCACGGAAGUAAAGGAAAAACACGCGACCACGGACGACAGACGCCCAAAAUCGCCGGAGUCGACCCCGAAGCGCAAGACGUCUGACGUCACUGUCCCUCGAGGCAAGACAUCCCCAUCGCAGUCUGACGCCACGCCCACCGGCCCCAAGGCGAAGCCUGAGCGAAAGAGCUCCCUCACGAAGAUCCGACCCGUUUCUCCUGGCAAAGAGAAGACCGACAGACCGAAGUCUCCCCGGAAAACGUCUUCUCCGACGGUCGACAAAUCGGAGACGAAGCCAAAAGAGGAGUCUCCCGAGAAACCAGUAGAGGAUAAACCAGAAGGAAAACGCGAGCAGGAUAAGCUGGAACAUCGCCCCGAAGGAAUGGACAUUCUCACCGUCUGGACGACUUACCGCCUCACGACUCUCGACGUCGUCACUUAUUGGCAGCGCAGGGAGGUCACAACGGAUGAAAUCAUCAUUCUCAUCACUGGGAAGUUCAUCUUGAUCGAGGACAUCGAGGACAUGGACCUACUGGAUAAAAUGUUGGACGUGUCGACGGAGUCAGAAGUGCGACGCUACAUCCGCACCCAGAUCCGCAAGCUACGUCGAAGGACGAAGGACACUGUCACGAUGGAAGACUCCGUGAAGACCAGCACGGACAGACGGACACUAGAAGAAAAAACGAUCCGUAAGACCGUGGAAGAAACCACAAAGAGAUCCGAAUCCCCCGGAGAGUCCAAGCCGACGAAGGCAGUGGAAGCAGAGGAGAAACCUCGAGAAUCGGCCUUCCGUCGUCCCCGCAGUCUCGCAACCCAGCCAGCGGACGAAGCGCCAUCCAGGCCCCGUUCCUUCCCUAAGGAGAUCCCAUCCGGACGUACCAGUCCGGGAAAGUCUCCCUCUGACAAUUUAGUGCGGAAGCCAUCGAAGUCCAAGUUGAAGGUGUCUCCUGUCGAAAAGGCCCCUACCAAACCGGCAGAUGCUCCCGAAGAGGUCCCAACAAAACCGGAAGAGAAACCGGCAGGAGAGAAACCUAGCAAGCCAUCUCAAACUGAAUCGCCAGGAGAUUUGCCCGAAAAGGUGGAGGAAUUCCCACCAUAUCCAGGCGAACAACAGCCACCAGAACAAGUAAUUCGACAACCCUCCACGACUGAACUUUCAAUCGAAGAGGUGACGCCGAUAGACGCUCACCCUCGUGCCAUCCAGCCAAUCGACAUUCACCCUCGUGCUAUCAAACCAGUCGUCCUCCGACCUUCCGAGACCCCCGAAGAGCUGAAGCCUCACAACGUCCCGGCCGAAGCGUCAAAGCCGACGGAGCCAGAAAAACAGAAACCAGAGGAAAUGAAACCCUCCAUCACCGAGACCAAGUCGAAACCCGAGGAAAUCACACCCCAGAAAGCAGAAGCAAAGAUCCCCGAAACGACACAAAAACGUCGCCCUUCCGACAAGGGAAUGCCCAAACCGGAAGACACCCCCAAGACCACCGACAAAUCGGCUCCAGCCCCCUCGAAGCCCGUGGAGGCUCCUAAAGACCAGCCCAAGCGAAAGACCGACACCUGGAUUAAGCCGAAAGAUAAGCCUGUCGAUACGGCCACCGACAAAAGUAAGCCCACUGGACCGACCAAAGUGUCGGCCCUGCUGUCUCGGUUCGAGAAACCCACGGAAGAGGCUCCAGAGAAAGCACCACAGCAACGGCCAUCGUCGAAGAAGGUUCCCAAGGGAGUCGUUCCGAAGGUGACAGAAACAGUCACAGUUCCUAAAGAAAUCCCGAAGGAGGGAACGCCAUCACAGAUGGCUCUUCAGAAGGCUCCAGAACGGGUCUCCCCCUCGAAGACAGCUCCGAUUGAAGCGCCAAAAGAGAAAAAACCAUCGACGGAGACCCCUCGAGCCGUGCCGCAAGAGAAAGCACCAUCGAUGGAGGCACCUCGAGAGACACCUCGGGACAGGGUACCUCUGGAGACCACCGACAAGAAAGUCCCACAAGAAAAGCUACCACAGAAGGGAACUCCUAAGAUAACUUCCCCAGAGGAAACGCCUUCGCACCCAGACAUCAGAAAGCCGACGGAGGAGAAGCCCGAGCCAACCCUCACGGAGAAGCGAGUAGAAAAACCCGCAGAGGAAUCUCCACGACGAGUGUCCAGGCCUUCACAGCCUGAAGAUUCCGUCUCCCCCGCGCUCCUCACGGCACCCCAAACGACCAAACCGACAGAAGCAAAGCCAGAGGAAGUUACGGCCCCUGUGCCACACAAAUCGACUAAGAAAGUACUGUCACGUUUCCAAGAGAAACUGCCAGAGCAGGAGAAACCACUCAAAUCCUCUCCGGUGCAGAAAAAACCCGAAAAGACGCAGCCAAGCCAAGAUACUCCGACGGAGGUAUCUACAAAGGUACUCGAGAUUUCAAAACCGAAACCAGAAAGAAACGCACCCGAUAAGAAGCAAUCAGUUUUAUCGGCUCCUGGGAAAGUGAGUGCCAUCAUGGAAAAAUUCUCGGCAGCCAAGGAAGCACCAGCGAAGUCUGAAAGGCCAAAGGCUCCGAGUUCGACACCUGUAGGGACUGCAAAGACACGAGUUGAGCCGAUGCCGAUCGAAGAAACUCACGAGGUGACACCCAGGGAACAGGCACCCGAUAAAGAAGAAAUAGAAAAGAUCCCUGAUAGAGAACGUCCGAAAGAACUGCGAUCGAAACCGGUGAAACCGGAGACACCCAAAAAGGCUCCAGAAGAGGCAUUGGAAAUUCCCAAGCACGUUCUCAAGGAAACCCCAGCCGCUCCCAAGGACACCCCAGCCGCUCCCAGGGAUACCCCAGCCGCUCCCAGGGACACCCCAGCCGCUCCCAGGGACACCCCAGCCGCUCCCAGGGACACCCUAGACGCUCCCAGGGAUACCCCAGCCGCUCCCAGGGACACCCUAGACGCUCCCAGGGACAUCCCAGACGCUCCCAGGGACACCCCAGACGCUCCCAAGGACAUCCCAGACGCUCCCAGGGACACCCCAGACGCUCCCAAGGACACUUCAGACGCUCCUCAUCCAGACGAGGAAGAAUCGGAGAAGUCACCGACGGUGAUGAGUCUCAUCAAUCGAUUUGAAACCCCCCAGGAACAGCCAGAAGAGACUCGUCCACGGCUCCCAGCUGGGAUGGACCACGAACAACCCCUGGAGGGUCCACGGAUCCCGGAGGAAGAACCCUACCAGAAACCCGAGGGCAUGGACGUUCUCGAGUUUUGGGAUACCUACGAAGUAAAUGCUCAUGACAUCGUGGCCAUGUACAUCUAUAAGGAGCUCACCAUCGAGGAAGUCAUGAAGCUGAUCGUGCAGAAGAAGAUAGUGGUUCGAGAGAUAAAGGACGUCCCAACACUACACAAAAUGUUGGACGUGGUGAAAGACAACAAGCUGAACCAGGAGAUCGUGCAACACCUGGAGGUGUUGGUGUCUCCAGGGAAGAAGCCGGGUCCAGAGGGCGAGGCUCCGGCAAAAGCCCCAGAGGUCCCGAAGAAGCCGGUCCGCGAGAAAUCCACAGAGAAGCCAGUACAAGAGAAGUCCCCUGAAAAGUCUCAUGGGAAGCCAGUGAAGCCCAAGGAUACCAAGGGAAAGCAGAAGGUGAAGACGACCAAGUCUUCCGCACCGGAGGAGGAGGAAGAGAUCGUGGUGAUCUGGAGGACACAAAAAUUCUCUGCCAAGGACCUGGUUGGGUUCUGGCUCACCAAGCAGAUCACCAUCCAAGAGAUCGUCACCCUCAUCCGAUUCCGACUGGUCAUCAUCGAGGAAAUCCUGGAUAUUAGCAUCCUGGAGGAAGUGUUGAAGGUGGUUCGGGAAUAUGACCUAACGAGCCGAGUGCGAGCGCAGAUCCGUCACCUUAAACGGACGGGUUUGAAGUUGGUGCCAGCAGACGACAUCCCCAAGGACACUCUCACCUACACCGUCCAGCUGGUGGACGGCGUGGAAGACGUAUUGACGAAGCCGACGUCCCGCACGGCCUCGCCUGCGACCCGACCCACCAAGUCCCCGACCGGGAAGGCAACGAAACAGGAGGAGAAGAAGACACCGCGACGGCCGAAGACAGAAGACAAGCGGCCGGAGGAGACGAAGCCGGGGAAACGAUCGGAGAAGCCCCAGGCACCUGGUGACACGGACAAGCCGCGGAAGCCAUCCGACGCGGAAAAGCCGCAGAAGCCAUCUGACAAAUUCGACAAGUAUAUGGACCAAGUGAAGAACUCAGCCCUGGAGAAACUCGAAGCAGUUCUCGACCAAGCGGGCAUGGAGUUCCCCGAAUCGCUCCAACCUGAAAGCCCCGUUAAACCCAAGGAAGCUCCGAUCGACGAGAAGAAACCGUCCAAGUCGCCCAAGCCGUCUGACGCGACUCCGACGAGCAAGUCACCUACCAAGACGAAGGACAAACCGAAAUCUAAGCCCAAGUCUCCGACGGAGAUCUCAUCGGACGAAAAACCGCUGGAACGAGAGAGUCGAUCUCCCGUUCGAAAAACCAGACAGCCGACAUCCAAGGCUCCCCAGACUACGGCACCGAUAAGUUCCUUGACGAAACCUUCGGCGGUAAAGCCGACGGACGUGCGUACAGCAAGUCCGUUCCGCACGGAGGACCGGGCCCGAGGUCGCCCGUGCUGCUCGAACGAGGUCCCGGAUGCGACUAAGCCACUAGUUCGCACCAGUAAGACACCUUCACGUGUCACCCCUGGCAAGGUCAGCCCCCAGAAAAAGGACCGGACGGAGCUUCCGACGGAAGACAGGCCGAACCAGAAGGUCCCCGGACAGUUGGAAACUCAGAAAUCGCUCGACCUGAAAAACUUGGAACCCAAGACGGAGCGAAAGCCGCGUCCAGCCGACGACAACGUCCCAAGCUACAUGAAGCCUCAAGAUCGGACGCCCAGAAUGAACGAAGCACGACCCAGAUCUACAUCCCCGCUGAAGUCGGUGAAACAGCCGGGCAGAUCACCCGCAUCCACCUCGAAGCCCGAGAGACCGAGCAGAUCCACGUCCGAGUCCACGUCGCUGCUGCCACUGCCCUCUGUGGCUGAGGGCGAAGUUCCAGACAUCGUGGAGAUCCUGUACGAUUGGGACGAGGAGACUCAAGAUUUCCUCCAGCAGAAGAUCCGGGAAUCGACGUCUCCGACCAAGAAGUCUCCGAUUCCGAAACCGAGCCAGGUGGACACCCAGGCCGACGUGCCCACCGCCAAAGUCAUCAGUGACAUCGACACGAUGAUCGUGCCAUCCAAGCCGGUCAUCGAGAACGGCCGGGACACGAGCCCAGAGCCUAAGAGACCAGAUGACGUCCUUGAACAUCCCUCCCCCAAGACGACCGCACCCGGGAAGCUGGCCAAGGACAAGUGGCCGUUCGAGUCCACGAAGGUGACACCGUCGUCCAGAAAGGAUUCAGUGCCUAAAACAGUGGACGAGGAAGUGGUGACGAGGACCCGGGAGACUGUCGUCUUGUGGUUGAAGAAGGAGAUCACUGUCGAAAUUGUCAUGACCCUCAUCGUCCAGAAACUCAUCUGCAUUGAAGAGAUCUUCGAACUGACCCUCUUGGAAAAAUUGGUGGAGGUAUCCCGAGACUAUGAGAUCCGUCGCCAGGUGAGAAAUCAGAUCCGGACGUUGAGAAGUAAGGAGAUUCCAACUACCCCGGAGACUUCCCAUACUAGACCCGAUGAGGAACAGAAGCCAGUUGACGAAUCUGGACCACAACUCGUACCGAGAGAGAUCCCGGAUCAGCGCUUCUCCACUGUGGCUCAGAUCACAGUCGGCAAGAAGCCAUCAGAGAAGACUCCGGACGAGAAGCCCAGGGAUAAGUCACCGGACGAAAAGAAGCCUAAAGAUAAGACACCCGAUGAGAAGAAGCCCAAGGAUAAGUCACUUGGUGAGAAGAAGCCACUGGAGAAGACUCCCGACGAGAAACCGAAGGAUAGGGUGCCCGACGAAAAGCCCAAGGAUAAGGUGCCCGACGAAAAGCCCAAGGAUAAGACACCCGAUGAGAAGAAGCUCAGGGAUAAGAAAUCCGAGGAAACGCAUAAGAAACCCAAAGAAUCCUCCGUCGUUCGCAGGAAAUCAAGCGACUCUCUUACCCACGCCAAGAAGCCUCAUGAGAAGCUUCACGAUAUCCUUCCUCAAGAGAAGCCCCAUGACACUCGUCCUCUCGAAAAGCCUCAAGAAUCUCUCCUUGAAGAGAAACUUCUUGAACGGCGACCAUCGCAGAAGAAACCCCAUGAGAAGACAGAGUCUACUCGUCCUAGCAAGGCAAGCGACACGCCUCUGAGACGAAAAUCUAGCAAGGAAUCUCCCUCGACGGAUGACUUACCUCGACCGCAACCCGACGACAAAUCCAUUCCAUCUGAGAAGCGAGAGGACUCCCGACCGGGGAAGCUGACUCGUGCUUGGCCUCCCGAGAAGCCCGACGAGGCGGUGCCUCACACUUCCUCACCCCUGGAAUCGAAGCCUGAGGUUAUGUCUUGCACUCCUUCGCCCCUGGAAUCCAAGCCCGAAUCGUCCAAGAAGCCUCGCGAGACCGCACCGGAGACAACCAAGAUGACUCCGGAGGAGGGCGAGGAACCCCGGACGUGGAAGACGCGGUUGCGUCCCUCUCGAAGCAUCAGCGACGACGACGUGGCACCGGACCAAGGACAGUCGCCCGUAACCGUGGGAAGGACUCAGAGCCUGCGGGACUCCACCCGGUCUGGCGACAACGCCCACGUCACUAGACGUAGUGUUCUCGAGCGCAUCCGAAGCUUCGAAGAUGGGAGUGCGAUGCAGAAACCCAUUCACCGUACUGAGGUGCUCUUUACAAAAUGGUCUCACCCUGCGUCCGAAAAGCCCCUCGUGUCUCCCGAACCUGAGCAACCAUCAGGACCCGAGGAAGCCACCCCUAUCGAAAGGAAACCAUCUGACACCCAGCAGCCUGAGAUUUAUCAGACCACGAAGUCACUGACAGUGGAGACCCAGCCCAAGAAAAGGAGAGUGAUCGAGAAGACUUUCCGCAUCCCGAGAGACCAGGAUAUACCAGCUCCCGAAGAACAUGAAUCCCCAAUUCGCAAAAUGUCAGAUACGCCCAAGUCUCCUACUCACAAAACACCAGAUGCACCCAAGUCUCCUACUCACAAAACAUCAGAAGCACCCAAAUUCCCGGUUCAUAAAACAUCAGAUGCACCCAAGUCUCCUGUUCACAAAACAUCAGAAGCACCCAAAUUCCCGGUUCAUAAAACAUCAGAAGCACCCAAAUCACGGACCCAAAGACGACGAGAAACGCCCGAUUCCCCCGCCCAAAAACCAACAGAGACGCAAGAUUCUAGUCCGAUUGAUUCCUCGACCCACUCGAGGAAGGUGGACGACGACACCGUGGACGAAGACAUCCUCCGCCGACCCUCCCGCCUGGGACGGAAUCGACCACAAGACGAAACCACGUCGAAGACCAAGACUCACGAGAGGCAGCCGAGUCAGGGCGACAUCCAGCCGACACCGGAAAAGACGGAAGAGAAGGCGGGGCCGGCUAAGGCGAAGGUAGUCCGAAGAUCUUCCAGCGGUCGGGUCACAGAGAAGAUGCAUCUCUUCGAGAAGAAGAUCGAAGAACAAGAACGUGUCCAACAUCAUAAGGAAGAUUUGCACGGUGUCGACAAGUCUUCCUCCCAGAAGACCGAGAAGACCACUACCCACAUCCAUCACGGGAAAGUGCCCGAAGCCGAGCUCCACACCACAGUACACACGAGCACGACACAUUCGGCGACCCUUCAACACCCACAGCCAACAGAUGUGACCGACGCGGACCUACCAGCCGAGCGAGAGGUCACCACGUAUCUCAUCACGUACCCGGAUGACGACGUGCCGGAGACGCCCGGGGGCCACAAAUUCCACACGACCAAGUCCUCCAGCAAGUCUUCCAGCUAUUCCUCGUCCUUCCGGUUCCGACCCCGGAUCGACGAGGCGAUCCCCGAGAGCCCGCGCUCCGUCGACGCUCCCGAGGACAUCCCGGACGUUCCCUCUGCAGUCAGGAGCCACCACCGAGUGACCGACAUCUCCCGCUCCGACGUGUCGGAGGCGGACGAAAUCCAUAUCAUCCUCCACGCGGCGGAUCAGUCACGGAAGAUGGACGAGGAGACGCUGAAGAACCUGACGGCCGGCGGCUAUCUCAUGGAGUCCUACAAGGAAGAACACAUUGCCACCACUAGUGCCACAACGAAUAGAGCUAGGAAACCAGAGCACGAUGACCAUGACGAAGCCCAACUAACCCCGCACACCUUCUCGACCACUCGAGAGAAGAGAAGCAAGACGGAGCUGGUCGGAGACGAGUUGAGGACCCAGACGCGGACGCAGACGACCAGGAGCGCCCAGCGGCCAGGCCAAGAGACUCCAGAGGCGGAGACCUGCACGGAGACUUCCUCCACCGUCAGGAAACUGUCCCACCCGAACCAGGUCGAUAAGCCGAGUAGCUCCAAGACUCCACGGAUCACGGACAAGGACCAAAAAGACGACGGAUGGAAGCGGCCGACAGACAUGACGAGGCCGGCGGACGGAAUGGACUUGGGAGUCAUGGAUCCCAUCGGGCCCACGGACGAGAAUGGGCGGCCCUUGUUCGGCCUCAAGGCCCUCAAGGCUUGGAAACCGAAAGGUCAAGCACAACCGAACGAGGAUACCUCGUCCAAACCAUCUCCCAUUCGGCAGGACGAAAAGAAGAAAGUCUCUCAGAGCCACGGCCGCUCCGUCCACAAGACGAGUGGGAAGAGGGAGGAAGUGGAAACGAGGACCCUCAAUGGACAAGUGGAGGUGGAGACACGAAAGGAAGUGAAGAGUUUCCUUCACGACCACUCUGAAGUCACGGGAAUCCAGGACGUCGUUGACCGCAUGAAAGCUCAACCCCAAGGCGAAGUCGGAUCGGACGAAGAGGCCAGGUCCCUCUUGAACAAAUUCCUCGGGGCUCAAGUUCUCGUCCAGGGACUGGAUCCCCUCAUGAAAGACCUCCAGCACCUGGAUAAAACCAAUAUCAAGGUCUGA